UAGAACCAAUAUUUCAGAUAACUUACGGAAACGUCCAGCCACCGGAAAGAGUGUUCAUUAAUUCUUGAUUUCAAGUUGGUAGAGGACGAGGUUGUCAUCGCCUUUUUGUCCUGUUAUCUUCACAGGCAGAUGUCGAUUACACUGUAGUCAUCGUAAUGAAAUCAAAUUUUGCCAAGGCGGCAACUGCAAACGUCGGGCGCUUAGCGAAUUCACAGCCCCGAACACAAUUCUGUUUAUUUCCCCUGGUGGACUGGUAGUGUUGGAAACAGCUCAAUUGGGUGUUCUCUUCAACAAUCAUCAAAGAUGCUCGUCCUUAAAUAUUGGCGAAUUAUUCACUGGAUCAAAUCUUUUCCUCAAUCCAUUGUCAUCCAACCCUCCAACUGUUCUCAAAAUGCACAUGUCGCUCCUUCAUAACACGCUCUUUUGUCUCUUACUCUUCGGCGUCCGGGCCUAUCCACAACAAACGAGUUCGCCUACUGCAACUGUAGCCUCGAGCUCGACCGUCACUGCCGUUUUAUCCACCAUCGACCUUGGAGGAUUCAAUCUUGGUGGCGAAACUAUUCCAGGUUUUGAACAAGAAUUCACUACCAUCUCCGUUGUCGGAAUUAGUUCUAGAACGGGUUCAGAUGGAAAGAGCGCAACGACGUAUUCACGCGAAAUCAUCAUCAGUGAUGCCAUCUUAACAACAGCAACAGAUGGUUCCCUAAUUCCUAAUACAGUAGUCCCGGGGAAUGUCAUAACGGAAAUCGAAACGUUUGUUGAAAACGUCUCCGGGUACUAUGUCACCAACGCCGAAACAAUUUCCACUGGAUCCACCUACGAAAUCCAAGGAAAUUACGAAACUUGUUCUUUUGCUGGUCCCGGUGCUGUUUCUGCAGGAUGCUCAGACUCCGAUUAUCUAGUGGAAAUGCCGACGGAUGGGGGGUCCACCACCACGGUGUAUCACUCGGGGCAGUUUUCUGACCCUGUGUCGGCGACGACAAUGACUCUCCCCGUUCAAGUUGUGGCUUCACCACAGGCGUCGAGCAGCGGAAGUAACUCGGAGACAACGGUCAAGCCACAAGCGUCGGGAAGUGGAAGUGAUUCAGGCACGAGUAAUACAAAUGACGGAGUAUCCCUGGGCAUCGGAGGAAAAUACUCGAUGACCAGAGUAUGUCUUCUUUCCUUCCUCGUAUUCCUCGCUGGAUGCAUGUAAUACCUACGUUCUGAUCUUACAUCCAUUUCAUCUUGCUCCAAACGACAUUGUAUACCAUAUUCUUCAUGUCAAGUCCCAGGGUAGCAGAACG